GAACACCUGUAUGAAGAGUGCUCUUGCGUUUUUUAAAAAAAGGUUUUGUUUAUAUGAUUUCUUUAAAUGUUCAAAAUGGUUAGCCAGCUUUUUGUUGUUCUAUUUUUGUUUUUUGUGACUCUGGGAGAAGCAAAAAAAUCAUUUCUCAGUUUUCUGAAUAUAGAGCAAACUGAAAUCCUAUUUUUCACAAAGAUGGAAGAAAUCAUCACUGUAAGUUCAAACUACAAAGAUAAACAGCUUAAUUCCAGCUACCUCUUUGUGCAAUCAGAAGAUCCUCAAUUGCUGCAAGUGGUAAAUGUGACCAAGAAGUUCUCACCGGAUAUUACAAACUUCACCAUAAACCUGGUGACAGAUGAAGAAGGAGAAACUAAUUUAACCAUUCAGCUCUGGGAUUCUGAAGGUAGGCAAGAAAGACUCAUUGAAGAAAUCAAGAAUGUCAAAGUCAAAGUGCUCAAACAAACAACAGAUAGUCUUCUCCAGGCAUCAGUGCAUAUUGAUAGAAAUAUCCUAGUGCUUAUUUUACCAGUGAUACUGCUAAAUAAGUGUGCUUUUGGUUGCAAGAUUGAAUUACAGGUGUUUCAAACAGUAUGGAAGAGACCUUUGCCAGUAAUUCUGGGGGCAGUUACACAAUUUUUUCUUAUGCCAUUUUGUGGAUUUCUUCUGUCUCAGAUAUUGGCGUUGCCUGAGGCACAAGCUUUUGGAUUUGUAAUGACCUGCACGUGCCCAGGCGGGGGUGGGGGCUAUCUCUUUGCUCUGCUUCUAGAUGGAGACAUCACUUUGGCCAUUCUGAUGACUUGCACAUCAACAUUAUUGGCCUUGAUCAUGAUGCCUACCAAUUCAUAUAUAUACAGUAAGAUAUUAGGCUUAUCAGGAACAUUUCAUAUUCCUGUUUCUAAAGUUGUAUCAACACUUCUUUUUAUACUUAUCCCAAUAUCAGUAGGAAUAGUCAUCAAGCGUAGAAUACCCGAAAAAGCAAACUUCUUAGAGAAAAUAAUUAGACCUCUGAGUUGUAUUUUAAUGUCUGUUGGGAUUUAUUUGACUUUCAAAAUGGGAUUAAUGUUUCUAAAAAUAGCUAAUAUAGCGGUGCUUCUGUUGGGUCUCUUAGUUCCUGCUUUGGGUUUGCUGUUUGGAUACUCCUUUGCUAAAGUCUGUAUGUUGCCUCUUCCUGUUUGUAAAACCAUUGCUAUUGAAAGUGGGAUAUUAAACAGUUUCUUAGCCCUUGCCAUUAUUCAGCUUUCUUUUUCGCAGCCCAAGGCAAACUUAGCCUCUGUGGCUCCUUUUACGGUAGCCAUGUGUUCUGGCUGUGAAAUGUUACUGAUCCUUCUAGUCUACAAGGCUAAGAAAAUGUGUAGCCUUAUUGUAGAAGAUAAAAGGAAAAAAAAAAUCCUAGUCUAACAAUUAAGACAUUACUGAAUUUCUUCUCUGGGUGAGCACUGG